AUCUAUCUUAUAUUAACAGCUAGCACUGUCGUUGGCAAUAUCGUCGUCUUAUACACCUUUUAUCUAUAUCCCUAUCUACGUGUUCCCAGCAAUUUAUUCAUUAUUAAUUUAGCUAUAACAGACAUUCUUAACGCUAUGGGUCGCAAUAAUUUCGUAUUGAUCGGCUUAAUAAUGGGUCCAGAACCGUAUACCCAUCUCUUUUGCAAUAUAAGUGGCUUUAUUAACAGUUUAGGCCAUGUUGUUAUGACAGCAACUCUAGCUGCUACUGCAAUAUGUCGUUACUUAGUCAUUGUUCGCUCAUAUGCAAGAAAAAUUACCACUACAGUUGUCCGUCGUAUCAUUUUAACAACUUGGUGCUAUGCUAUCCUCAAUUGCUCGAUGCCAUGGCUUGGCUGGAGCCGUUAUACCUAUCAUCCCUUUGAAUUUACUUGUUUACCUGAUUGGCACGAUGAGAAUAAUUUUAGUUACAUUAUAUUUGUAUUCAUCAUUGAUUCUGUUAUUCCAUGCAUUUUAUUAAUUGCGUGCUACUGGCGUAUCUAUGCCUUUAUAUCAGCUAAUGCUAAUCGAAUGCUAAUUCAUAUUAGACAGUCAUCACUGAAAGCACGUCGUCAUCUACCACUGCGUAUCAUGAUAAAGAAUGAAAUUAAAAUCACUAAAGUUUUAUUUAUUAUAUGCGUCCUUUUCAUGAUUUGUAUCUUACCUUAUAGUAUCGUUAUUUUCAUAUUAAUACCGUGUAAUGUUGAUGUUUCCCCCUACGUCGUCUUUUACUGUGGUGUCUUGAUCAAUUUAAAUGGUUCGCUGAAUCCUGUUCUUUAUGCUGCUAUUUAUCCUAAGUUGCGUAAAAUUUAUCGUCGACUAGGUUGUUAUUUAUGC